ACAGUUCAACAAAUACCGGUUGUAGAGUCAGCGCUUGACAGUGCGCACCUAGCGGCCGGCCCGCAAAAACGUCCAACCAGUUAUGUGGUGAUAAAAUCAUGACCGUAGCAAUCAGUUCGGUACAAGUUAUCAUAAGUUUUUUACUAAUACACAGUGCACAAGGACAAUCAUCAUGUAUAACGCCAUCGAACGCAAACGGUGAAUGCAUACCCAUAAGACAAUGCAAGCAGCUGCUCGAUCUUCUUUUGAGUCCAUCGAGGACCGCUGAGGAUGUGGCUUACAUAAAAAACUCGCAGUGUGGCUUCCGAGACAACAACCCUCUGGUAUGCUGUCCAAAAGCUCAGAGUAACGGUUGCACAACACCAGACGGAAGACAAGGGAACUGUAUAGACCUGUAUUCCUGUCCUGCUAUCACUAGUUUACUGACCCCACCGGUUCCAAGAGAUACCUUCACAUUUAUACAAAAUUCCAAGUGCAACGGUCCAAGUGCGUACAGUGUAUGUUGUGGAGCUACAAGUGGUGGUGGAUGUCAGCCUUCCUGGUCCACGCCUGAUCCAUCCACACGAUGCUGUGGUCUGGAUCCCUCUAGUGGGAACAGAAUUUACGGUGGUAACGCAACUGCAGUGGAUCAGUAUCCGUGGCUGGUCAUCAUAGAGUACAUGGGAAGAGAUAACAAAAUCAAACUUCUAUGCGGAGGAUCACUUAUCAGUUCAAAAUACGUCCUCACUGCUGGACACUGUGUUAAAGGACCAGUUCUCAACAUAGGAAACCCGAUAAACGCCCGCGUCGGCGAUUAUGACAUAACAAAGUCUGGACCAGACUGUGUCGAGGUAGAGGGAGGUAGCGAGGACUGCUCGGAUGGCGAACAGGUGAUUCCCAUAGAGGAGACCAUACCUCACGAGUUAUACGAUCCCAAAUCUGCGCUGAGAAGAAACGAUAUUGCCUUGAUAAGACUGAAAAUUAUGGUUCCUUAUACAGAUUUCAUUCGUCCUAUAUGUCUGCCAAGCUCGGAUAUAACCCUGGGCCCUGAUGGACGGUCACUGAUAACGGCCGGAUGGGGUGCUGUAGACGAAUUCAGCAGCAGCAGCGCUAUCAAGCUCCAAGUCGUGCUGCCCCUUGUGAAAGUUCCGGCUUGUCAGCCAGCGUAUAACGCGUCGAAUCGACGGGUUACUCUUUGGGAAGGUCAGCUGUGCGCCGGCGGUGAGAAGGGGAAGGACUCGUGCAAGGGCGACUCGGGCGGUCCGCUCAUGUACGACGACGGCACAUUGUACUACAUAGACGGAGUAGUGAGCUUCGGCCCAACGCCGUGCGGUAUCGAAAACGUGCCGGGAGUUUACACCAAAGUGUUCUACUACUUGCCAUGGAUCCGAAGCAAAAUGAGACCCUAGCGUGAUCUACAGUACUCAAAAAUAUUACGUUCAAUAAAAGUAUUGUCUUAAAAGCGUC